CUCUCUCUCUCUCUCUCUGUGUUUUUUGUCCUCUGGGUUUCUUAAUGUCUUCUAGCUUUCUGAUGUUUCUGUUACUGAAGAAUUUCGAUUACGGGGUUUUCAAUGCAUGAUCCUGCGAUUUCAUGAAAAAAAAGUUUUUAUUUUAUUUUUUAUCACUGAUUCGAUUCAUCUCCGAUUUUUUCCUGUGAGAAAUUCAUCUAUUGGGGAGUAGAAAUGAUGGAGGCAGUUGAGAGUUCCGUCAAUGGAGUUUUUUCACAGUUGCAUAGCUAUGGAGAUAGUAGCGAAGAGGAGCUGUCUGUAUUACCUCGUCACACUAAAGUUGUUGUCACUGGAAACAAUCGGACGAAAUCCGUGCUAGUUGGUCUCCAAGGUGUGGUGAAGAAAGCUGUUGGGCUUGGCGGAUGGCAUUGGCUGGUUCUCACAAAUGGUAUAGAAGUGAAGUUACAGAGGAAUGCCCUUAGUGUUAUUGAAGCUCCAACCGGUCAUGAGGAUGAUGAUGACCUCGAGUGUGAAAACCUGCAGUGGAAUUGUUCAGAUAUGACAUCUGAUGACACCCAGAAAUCUCACAGACAAAGGCAUCGGUCGCAGAGGUCUGUUGGGUCAUCUCAUAAGACCAUGAGCCGGUCUUUUUCCUGUGAUUCACAAUCUAAAGGAUCUGUUUCACCAGUUCGGGUUGCCACAAAGGUUGACCUCAGUAAGCUAGAAAUGGCGGCAUUGUGGAGAUAUUGGAAGCACUUCAACCUUGUGGAUGCCAUUCCCAACCCAUCAAAGGAGCAGCUGAUUGAUGUUGUUCAGAGGCAUUUUAUGUCACAGCAAUUGGACGAGUUGCAGGUAAUUGUGGGGUUCGUGCAGGCUGCAAAGAGAUUGAAGACAGUCUGCAACUGACCUUGAUAGAGAGGAAAACUUUGUAUUUUGUUUUCGGCACUAACAAAUUCUAGUAUCAUAUGUCCACUUCCCUCAUUUCUGUACUAGUAAUGAAUGGUCCUGUAACAUAUAUGUAUCCUUUGGGUUGUUUCUCCAUGUUCCUUUUUCUUAUUAGUGAUUUGGGACGCUGGGUUGGAGUUUAGUAGUGUUAGUUAUGUAGAUAUAUGUAAUAGUGAACUUGAGGAAGUUUGUAUUGCUAAAUACUCUUGCUGAAUUCAGUUCUGACUGUUUUGAGGGAAGUGAGACUUUUUUCCAAUGUAUAUGCAUUCUAGUUCUAGUU